AUGGAGAUAGGUCGCCCUGCCAUAGAGCAGAUUGUUGAAGGCCAGAUAAAUACUUAUGAAACCAUGCUGUGGCAGACGAUUAGUCCUGGAGCAGCACUUGGAAUGCUAAGUGACAAGCUUCAGUUCCCAUCAUUUCUGCGGACAAUGCCAAAUGACAAGUUCCAGUAUUCUGUCAUUGGUCAUUUAAUCAUAUACUUUGGAUGGACUUGGAUAGGGAUUAUAGCAUCAGACAAUGACUACGGCCUCCUUGGUAGCCAGAACCUGAAGAAGUUUCUCGUCAGUAGUGGAGUUUGUGUUGAUUUCACAUUAGUCAUUUCAUUAACUCUGUCAGAGAAACAGAUGCAACAUAUUGUUGGCAUAAUUAAAAAGUCCUCUGUUACAGUUAUUGUUCUUUAUUCAAACGGACAGGAGCUCUUUCAUUAUGUAAAAAAUGUACAGUUUAAAGACAGUGAAGGCGAAGAGGUAUUUUUUGAUAUAAAUGGAGAUUCACCAGCACUUUAUGACAUACUGAACUGGCAAGUAUCACUUAAUGAAACAAGCACUAAGUAUGUUCAUGUUGGACAAUAUGAUUCCCGUCUCCAUUCAGGACAAGAUCUGCACAUCAAUGACAGUCUAAUUGUAUGGAACAAUGACAACAAUCAGAUCCCUCACUCAGUCUGCAGUGAGCCAUGCUCAGUUGGAAUGAGGAAAGCUACCCGUAGGGGGGAGCCAAUAUGCUGUUUUGACUGCAUUAUUUGUUCCAAGGGGGAGAUCUCUAAUGUGACAGAUGCCAGCAAUUGCUUUACUUGUUCAGAAGACCAGUGGCCAAAUGAGAAGCAGAGUGUUUGUAUCCCGAAAUCUGUGGACUUCCUUUCUUUUGAAGAGGUUUUGGGUUUUGUUUUGACUGUAUUUACAGUGUGUUUGUCUGUAAUUACUGCUCUCAUCUUAUGUAUAUUCAUUAAGUAUAAAGACACUCCAAUUGUGAAAUCCAACAACCGUGAACUCAGCUACCUUAUCCUUACAUCUCUGUUUCUUUGUUUUCUAUGUCCAUUAAUAUUCAUUGGGCAACCAAAAAUGAUUGCAUGUCUGUUGCGACAAAUUGGCUUUGGUAUUAUAUUCUCCCUGUGUGUUUCUGGGAUCCUGGCCAAAACUAUUACUGUAGUUAUUGCCUUCAAAGCAACAAAGCCUGACAGUAACUUAAGGAAUUAUGUGGGACCAAGGACACCCUAUUAUAUUGUCAUUGUUAGCUUAAUAGGUCAAGUCUGUAUAUGCAUUGUGUGGUUGACAAAAUAUCCUUCUUUUCCUGAGCAGGAUAUGAAAAUGGUCGAAGGGAAAAUUAUCCUUAUAUGUAAUGAAGGCUCUAAGAUAUUGUUCUACUGCAUGCUGGGAUAUUUGAGCAUCCUGGCAUGUGUUAGCUUUGUUGUUGCCUUUCUAGCCAGGACAUUGCCGGAUAGUUUUAAUGAAGCUAAAUUUAUUAGUUUCAGUAUGAUUGUGUUUCUCAGUGUCUGGCUGUCUUUCAUCCCAGCAUACCUCAGCACAACAGGGAAAUAUAUGGUAGCUGUGGAGAUAUUUGCCAUCAUUACUUCAGGUGUAGGAAUCAUUAUUUGCAUAUUUUUACCAAAAUGUUACAUUAUUCUUCUAAAGCCACAUUUAAAUACAAGGGAACGAUUAAUUGCAAAUAAAAGCUCAUCUAAGAAAAUAUAG